GCAGCGCCAUGGGGAGCCCCCGCGCCGCGCCGCUCCUGCUGCUCCUGCGCCCGGCCAGGCUGCUGCGGAGGCGCUUCCGGCUGCUGCUGCUGCUCGCCGUGGUGUCGGUGGGGCUCUGGACGCUUUAUCUGGAACUGGUGGCGUCGGCGCAGGUUGGCGGCAACCCCCUGAAUCGGAGGUAUGCCAGCUGGAGAGAACUAGCCAAGGCUCUGGCCAGCAGGAACAUCCCAGCUGUGGACCCCAACCUCCAGUUCUACCAUCCCCAGAGUGUGAACCUCCAGGACCAAGAAGUUGACCGCAGCAGGAGCAGCAACAACAGCUACCUGAAGUGGAAUAAGCCUGUCCCCUGGCUCUCAGAGUUCCGGGGCCACGCCAACAUGCACGUGUUUGAGGACUGGUGUGGCAGCUCCAUCCAGCAGCUGCGGAGGAACCUGCACUUCCCCCUGUACCCGCACAUACGCACAACUCUGAGAAAGCUGGCGGUAUCCCCCAAGUGGACCAACUAUGGCCUCCGCAUCUUUGGCUACCUGCACCCCUUCACUGAUGGGAAAAUCCAGUUUGCCAUCGCUGCAGAUGACAAUGCAGAAUUCUGGCUGAGCCACGAUGACCAGGUCUCGGGCCUUCAGCUGCUAGCCAGUGUGGGCCAGAGCGGGAAGGAGUGGACAGCCCCUGGAGAGUUUGGCAAGUUUCGGAGUCAAAUUUCCAAGCCGGUGAGGCUGGUGGCCUCUCGCAGGUACUACUUCGAGGUGCUGCACAAGCAGAACGACGAGGGUACUGACCAUGUGGAGGUCGCGUGGCGGCGGAGUGACCCCGGAGCCAAGUUUGCGAUCAUCGACUCCGCGUCCUUGUCACUCUUCACCAAUGAGACUGUCUUAAGGAUGGAUGAGGUGGGCCAUAUCCCGCAGACCGCAGCCAGCCACACUGGCGCCGCCAGCCCCUUCCCCGUGGAUGAGCAGCCUCCAGCCGACAUGCUGCGGCCUGAUCCCCGGGAUACGCUCUAUCGAGUGCCUCUGAUCCCCAAGUCCCAUCUCCGCUACGUCCUGCCUGACUGCCCCUACAAGCCCAGCUACCUGGUGGAUGGGCUCCCCCUGCAGCGCUACCAGGGCCUCCGCUUUAUUCAUCUGUCCUUUGUUUAUCCCAACGACUACACCCGCCUGAGCCACAUGGAGACCCAUAACAAGUGCUUCUACCAAGAAAAUGCCUACUAUCAGGACAGGUUCAGCUUCCAGGAGUACAUCAAGAUGGACCAGCCAGAGAAGCAGGGCCCAGAGCAGCCAGGUUUUGAGGACGAACUUCUUGAAGAAUCUCAGUAUGAAGAAGUGGCAGAGGAGACCCCUGCCUCCCUUAACCGGGACACCGAGACGCAGGAGAGAAAACCAGUGCCUACCUCCAGCCUCCAGCAGGAUGUCACUGACUACCGCCUCCGAAGCCUGCGGAAGCUCCUGGCCCAGCCUCCGGGGGACCCCGGGGCACCCUUUCCCCAGCUGAACUCCACGGCUUCCUUCCCAGGGAGGAGCAGCAACAGCCUCCAGCAACCAAAGAGGACGCGAUUGCCCAGCCCCGCGCCCAGCCCUGUGCCCAGCCAAGACACCCCACACUCUGACAAGGGGAGACCCAGGGCCCCUGGGCUCUCGGCACAGCACCUACCUCUCCUUAAGAGGUCCAGGCCCCCGGGUAAUGACCUGGGGAAGACUCUGGAGCAGUCUCAGUGGCUGAAGCAAGUAGACUCCUACAUCGCACAGCAGAGACAGGGUGAUGGGUUGGCGGCACAGGCCCCGAAAGGGGGGUGGCCAGGGGAAGAGGAGGAGGAGGUGGCAGCUGUGGAUCAGGAUGGACCAGUGGAAGGAGGAGAUGAAGAAGGAGAAGAAGAAGAAGAAGAGGAGGAGGAAGAGGAUAUGAGUGAGGUGUUUGAGUAUGUACCUGUGUUUGACCCAGUGGUCAACUGGGACCAGACCUUCAGUGCCCGGAAUCUGGACUUCCAGGCCUUGAGGACCGACUGGAUUGACCUGAACUGUAACACAUCCGGCAACCUGCUGCUGCCUGAGCAGGAGGCCCUUGAGGUCACGAGGGUCUUCUUGAAGAAGCUCAACCAGAGGAGCCGGGGGAGAUACCAGCUGCAGCGCAUUGUGAAUGUGGAGAAGCGUCAGGACCAGCUGCGUGGGGGCCGCUACCUCUUGGAGCUCGAGCUGCUGGAACAAGGCCAGCGCUUGGUGAGGCUGUCUGAGUAUGUGUCUACACGCGGCUGGCAGGGCAUCGACCCCGCUGGUGCAGAGGAGGCUGAGGCCCGGAACCUUCAGGGCCUGGUCUGGACCCCCCACAGCCAGCGGCGAAGGCAUGUCCUGGACGUCCGUGAUCCAGAGCCCAAGCUGUGCUGGCCCCAGGGCUUCUCCUGGAAUCACCGAGCCGUGGUCCACUUCAUUGUGCCCGUGAAGAACCAGGCGCGCUGGGUGCAGCAGUUCAUCAGAGACAUGGAGAACCUGUUCCGGGUCACUGGUGACCCCCACUUCAGCGUCAUCAUCACUGACUACAGCAGUGAGGACAUGGAUGUUGAGAUGGCCCUGAAGAGGUCCAAGCUGCGGAGCUACCAGUACGUGAGGCUCACUGGUAACUUUGAGCGCUCUGCUGGACUUCAGGCUGGCAUUGACCUGGUGAAGGACCCUCACAGCAUCAUCUUCCUCUGCGACCUCCACAUCUACUUCCCGCCUGGAGUCAUCGAUACCAUCCGGAAGCACUGUGUGGAGGGCAAGAUGGCCUUUGCCCCCAUGGUGAUGAGGCUGCACUGCGGGGCCACCCCUUGGUGGCCUGAGGGCUACUGGGAGGUGAAUGGGUUUGGACUGCUUGGCAUCUACAAGUCAGACCUGGACAAGAUCGGGGGCAUGAACACCAAGGAGUUCCGGGAUCGCUGGGGCGGAGAAGACUGGGAGCUGCUUGACAGGAUCCUCCAAGCAGGCCUGGAAGUGGAGCGUCUCUCCCUCAGGAAUUUCUUCCAUCACUUCCAUUCCAAGAGAGGCAUGUGGAACCGCCGUCAAGUGAAGAUGCCCUGAGGCCCACCCUGUGGCUCCGUGAGGGGGCCGCUUCCCGUGCCCUGCUCCCUGUAGAGGAGAGGGAAGAUGGGGGCAGAGGAUACCUGGGCCCAAGAGGCCUCGGUGCUGAGCGUCUCUCCACCGGGAGCUGCCCUGCAGUGGAGAGUGACGCCAGGGCCCCUCUGCCCCUCGCUCAGUUGAUGGAUGGCUCCUGAGAAGAUGGCACAGUGAAGGCAGGGAGAAGACACACGUUCGAACAAUUCUGUCCUCAUCCCUGGAGGUGCAUUCUGGAGUCCCCCAAGCCUGUCAUAAGGAGUGUUGACCUGAACUGAGAUACAGACCUGGCGUCUACUAGGGGAGGGUGUGCUGGAGGGUGUCCCUACUUGUAAACCUCAGGCCUACUUGUGUGCUGCAGUGUGGCCCUUGGGCACUGUCCCGUCUAGCAGUUCU